GUCCUUCUCGGUUGCUAGGAAACGGAAGGGCUUGUUUUUUUGCUAAUGACGAACCUUUAACGUUUUUACGUUUAUAGCUAAUGGUAACAAAGGGAAAUUAAAAAUCCACGUAUAAACAAAGAAAAUGGGAACGUUUGAGAGAAGAAGUCCGAAUUUAGAUUUAGAGGAUAAAACGAAGUGGGAAGAAAAUACCGAGAUGAUCGUCGUAUUUUUAAAUUUAAAGAGACUCAAAGAAGAAGCUUUGGAAGACGAGUUCAGCGGACAGCAGGAAGUUUAUUUUGAAGGAGGUCACGUGUACAAAGGAAUGUUUUCCAAAGGACUCAUGGAUGGAUCUGGAAUCUUCACUCAUCUAAAUGGACUGACAUAUGAGGGUGAGUUUGUGAGGAACAUCCCUUCAGGUCAGGGUAAAUUCACCUGGCCUGAUGGCAGUACCUACUCAGGAGGCAUCGUGGAUGGGGUUCGACAUGGGUUUGGAACCCACACAUGUGCCAAAACUGGUGUGUCUUACACCGGGGAGUGGAGUCAGGGCAAGAGGCACGGAGAGGGGACGGUGUAUUAUAAUGAAAGCAAGACGUCUUGGUACGAGGGGGGCUGGGUGAUGAAUAACAGAGAGGGAAGAGGAGAGAGAUGCUACCCAUCUGGGAACACGUACUCCGGUGAGUGGAAAUGCAACUCCAGACACGGCGAGGGGACCAUGAAGUGGCUCAAACUGGGACAGCAGUAUGUUGGGAGCUGGCACGAAGGACUUCAGCACGGUAAAGGCACUCACGUGUGGAUCCACAAACGAGACGGUGGACUCCAGUAUUUCCAGAACAACCAGUACCACGGAGAUUUCCUUCACGGUCAGAGACACGGGUAUGGAGUCUUCUAUUACGCCGGUGGUGCAAUCUACGAAGGAGAAUGGAAAAACAACAAAAAGAACGGACAGGGCAAAUUUACCUCCAAGAACGGUCAGGUCUUCGAAGGGGAGUUCAAAGAUGACAAGAUGAUGAGACCUGACACGAGUGGAAUCAGAUCUCCUUCUAUUUCUGGUUCUGACCGGGUUCUGAACAUCGAAUGUCUUCUACGGAAUAUUCCACAGAGAAAACAUGAAGCUGAGUGCAAACAGCUGGAGUUUGUGGUUCUGCAGAGAGACUCUCAGCUCAGGUCCAUCUACAGCUUCUACAGCAGACUCGGCCACGCAGACGCCCCCCACAACACCUUCCUGCUCUCCCGCCUGCAGUUCUGGAGCCUUCUAAAAGACUGCAGCAUCCAUCAGCGUGGCUUCACGCUGACCCAGAUUAACCGGUUCAUUCCAGGGAAGAGCGGCUCAGAGAUUCACUCUCCAUUCACAUCUUUGCUCUUUCACGAGCUCCUCAGCUCUCUGAUAAUCGUCGCCUUCCACGUCUACAGUAAAGACAUGGAGAUGCAAAAGAACCUGUUGGCUUCCUGCUUUUCCAAACUGAUGACUGACGACAUCCUUCCAUAUGCUACCAAAGUAAAAGGUCUCCUGUUCAGAGAGCCGGACUUUGCAGCAACAGCCAUGAAGUUUGUGGACAAAUGCUGGGAGGUCUUCCAAGUCUUCUGCAAGGAGAACACAGCCGACGGAGGAGACAAAACCAUGACGUGCCGACAGCUGCUGUGGAUGUUCAAGGAUCUUCAUCUUUUGGACCAUCAGCUCACCACAGGAAUAAUAUGGGAAAUGAUUACUGUCGGGAACCAAAGAGACCCCAAAAACCUGACGUCCUGCGUGGAUCUGGAGAUCACAUUCCUGGAGUUUUUCGAGGUUCUUUUGGGCUGUGCUCACAUCAAAUGUCCGGUUCCUGAUGCUCUGGAGGAGAGUCGGGGGCGUCUCUCGUCUGACAGCCGAGCCAGGAGUGAAAGGUCGGAGGCGGACGCCAUCCAGACGGGCGCGCAGACGCCCGGUGGUCAUUCCCAAACGAUGGAAGAUUCCACUCAGUUUGUGACGAGUCAGCUAAUCCAGUCAGAGGAUGAGAUGGUUCAUCGAGAAGAUGAGAAUGGACUUGUCCUGCAGACCAGUGAAGCUCAGCUUCAGAGCGAGACGAUUCAUCGAUUUUUUAACCACUUUUUCUUUCCAGCCUUUAACCAUUACUGGUCAGUGACCGAAAAAAUCUCCAAAAACCUCGACGGUGACGAUGAGGAGGAACAGGAAACCACCAGAACUGAUGAAAAAUAAAAAAAGCUCUGUGAAUUUUUAAAGGUUAGAGUCAAUAGAUUAUAAAAUAAAGCUUCAAAUCACAUGA